AUCGUUAACAGUACCGUAUUCCAAAUAUCCAUGAUGGGUUUGGUGUUGCUGAAUGCGCUGAUUAAUGCCUCAUUUGUCUAUCGUCAUGAUAAAUCAGAUGCCAUACGUAAAGAGAUCUACUAUUAUAUGGAGCUCUGUUAUCAGAUCUGCUUCACGGUGCUGUUCAACAUCGAAGCGCUUCUGAAAGUGAUCGGGUAUGGCUGGAAGAAUUACGUCAGGCGUGGUCAACAUAAAUUCGAACUCAUCCUUUGCGUUGGAUCCACUUUGAAUCUUAUUCGUCCACUGUACAAUAUGAAUAUCUUCACCUAUUUCCAAGUGUUCCGUAUCGUUCGUCUCAUCAAGGCUUCCCCGAUGUUAGAGGACUUUGUCUAUAAAAUUUUCGGUCCUGGCAAGAAAUUAGGAGGUCUGGUCAUCUUCACCAUGGUGCUUNCCUAUUUCCAAGUGUUCCGUAUCGUUCGUCUCAUCAAGGCUUCCCCGAUGUUAGAGGACUUUGUCUAUAAAAUUUUCGGUCCUGGCAAGAAAUUAGGAGGUCUGGUCAUCUUCACCAUGGUGCUUCUUUUCAUCACUUCUGCCAUUUCACUUCAGUUAUUCUGUUAUGUGCCGAAUUUGAAAAAAUUCACGACAUUCCCUAUGGCGUUCAUGUCGAUGUUCCAAAUCAUUACCCAAGAGGGUUGGACAGAUGUGGUAGUCGAGAUUUUGCGAGCCACNAAUGAAUCGAUGGUUCCAUUUGUGGCUAUUUACUUUGUUGGAUAUCACUUACUAGUAACACUGAUUGUGCUCAGCCUUUUUGUCGCUGUCAUCCUUGAUAAUUUGGAAAUGGAUGAGGAAUUGAAAAAGGUGAAACAGCUGAAAGCUAGGGAACAGACAUUGAAGAAAAGAAAUUUGAUUACGAGCCAGAUGAUGUAUGGCGUUUGUGCAGCUGAAAGUGCACUAAAGCAGCAAAUUUAG